AUGGCCAAGGCCCUGCCUAAGGAGGAGCGAGAGCGGUUGAUGAACUUCAUUGUGAUGCAGAAAGAAGAUGACCUCGUCUUUCAGAUGCUCGGCGUUGCUGGCGCUAUUUAUGGCCCUUUAGUUGGCCGGUCGCUGAUGGCCUUCUUCUCGUCCCUUCGAGCCGGCGGCGCGGCCAUGGAGGUCGAGGCGGUUGUGCUAGACGCCGCAGCUCUCGAGACGGUCGAGUUGGCGUCUGUCGAGGCCCUUGAGGCGGCUGAAAUGAUCUCCUUGGGCGGCCGCUUCCUCGCCAUGACAGGCGUGGGUCUCGCAGUGUUUGCCGCCGGCAUCGCCAUCGCCAUCGCCAUUGAAGUCGCUCUCAACCUUUGGAAGAAGGACGAGUAUAUCCGCGCAGAGCAUGAGGCUGCGAUUGCACGCCUGCAGUGCCGCUACCAGCUACGCAUGUUUGAGGCGCUCAGGCACUUCAAGGAGGACCUGUCACGCCUCCACAACUGGUACCGCAUUCUCGACCGCAUUGGCGACGUCGAGGGCCUGCAGAAGCGAUGCGAUGAGGAGGGUCGGAAGUUCGCCGACAGCAUCAUCGAGCGCUUCAAGAGCGUCACGUACGAGCAGGCGUGGGAGGACGUUCACAAGGAGGACUUGGACAGUGGGCCGGUUUAUGACCUGGACGAGAUGGGGAAGGAGGAACUGAUUGAGCGCACCAAGGAAGCUGUUCAUGAAGCGGCGGAGAAGGCCAAGGAGGAAAAGGUGAUGGCUCUUGCUGCAGCUGAGAAGAGAGAGUGA